AAGCCUUAAAAGAGGGGAAUUUGGACUUGAUCUCUGCUUUCACGUUUAAGGGCAUUCUCCUUCUUCAAUUCCCACUCUGGAUUUCGUCUUGAACUUGUCUUUCUUCUUGCUUGUGGAUUUGAGGGAUUGUCACUUGAGGUUGGAUUCUGCUUCCAUUGUCUGAGAUUGCUUAGUUUUUUCUGUUCUUCAACUGGCAGUACGUUGGCUUUGCCGAGAGAAGAAUCUAAUCUGAAUCCCUCUCUCACUCUUUUGUUCUCCUUGCAAAACUUCAUUGAACGAUAUGGAAUCUCCACUUUACAUUUGUUCAUUUGUCCUCCACUUCAAUUAUUGGUUAUGUGGUAUUGUGGCAGGAGUUCACAUAAGAGAUUUUGAAUGUCCGAAUUCAUGGAAAAGGAUGGUUUUUUUUUAUAUAUAUAUAUAUCAAAAACUGUUUAUGCUAAUUAUGCAUAAUAAUUCAGUAAAUUCGUUUAUAGUUUCAUUUCUUAAUGAAUCCUUUUUUGAGGGUUAUGAUUCAUGAAAUCAUACUUUGACAGAGAGAGAGAGAGAGAGAGAGAGAGAGAGAGAGAUCAGAGACAUUGGGAGGUUUGUAAGGCUAGAGGACAGUAAUUUUCCGAACAGAGCAUGAACAGGAAACAUGGUGAAUUUGUUGGUAAAUGGUACCCGAUUUUAAUUGUUUAAAGUUGAAGUUAUUUUUGUGUAUUUUGAACAAUGUAGGGACUUUUUUGCAAAUUCCACUUUUUCAAAUUAGACCAAGCACAACUUUAGCUUAAACCCCCAGUGCGAAAACCCUUCAUCUUUCCAAUGUUCCACCACCGCUGGCCCAAACCAUGAACUUUCCGGCGGCCGCAUCCUCCGCCCGCGAUCCACAUGACCUACCUCAGCGCGAACUCGCUCGGCUUACUCGUCGAGGAUGCCAUUGCGAGACGCUCGAGUCGACUCGGCCGAGUCGUACACGCCAAGAUCGUCAGGACCCUCGACUCGCCGCCUCCUCCUUUCCUCUCCAACCACCUCAUCAAUAUGUACUCCAAACUCGACCUCCAGGACUCGGCUCGGAUAGUUCUCCGGCGCACUCCGGCUCGCAAUGUUGUCUCCUGGACUGCCCUUGUCGCCGGACUUGUCCAGAACGGUCAUUUCUCCUCCGCAUUGUUUGAUUUCUGCAACAUGCGACGCGAAGGUAUCUCUCCCAAUGACUUCACGUUACCUUGUGCCUUCAAGGCUUCGGCUUCUCUCCGUUUACCAGUCACCGGGAAGCAGCUUCACGCGCUCUCCGUGAAGAAUGGUCGGAUAUUGGAUGUAUUCGUAGGAUGUAGCGCUUUUGAUAUGUAUUCUAAGACUGGGCUCAGGGUUGAUGCUCGGAAGCUGUUCGAUGAAAUUCCCGAGCGGAAUAGCGCAACCUGGAACGCGUUUAUAUCUAACGCGGUGGCCGAUGGAAGGUCUAGGGACGCGAUUGAAGCCUUUAUCGAGUUUAGAAGGAUUGGUGGAGACCCAAAUUCGAUAACUUUUUGCGCGUUCCUUAAUGCCUGUUCCGACAGGUUAUCCUUGGAACUAGGAAUGCAGUUGCACGGGUUCAUAUUACGAAGUGGGUUCAAUACGGAUGUGUCGGUUAGCAAUGGGUUGAUCGAUUUCUAUGGGAAAUGUGAACAGAUUUGUUGUGCUGAGAUGGUUUUUACUGAAAUGGGAACGAAAAAUGCUGUUUCUUGGUGUUCAUUGUUGGCUGCGCAUGUGCAGAAUCAUGAGGACGAGAAGGCUUCCGUGUUGUUUUCACGUGCAAGGAAUGAAGGGAUCGAGCCCACUGAUUUCUUGAUCUCGAGCGCUCUAAGCGCCUGUGCUGGAAUGGCAGGUCUUGAAUUGGGAAGAUCGAUUCACGCUCUUGCUGUUAAGGCUUGCAUAGAAGGGAAUAUCUUUGUCGGAAGUGCUCUUGUCGAUAUGUAUGGGAAAUGUGGAAGCAUAGAAGAUGCAGAAUGGGCAUUUGAUGAGAUGCCUGAAAAGAACUUAGUGACUCUGAAUUCGUUGAUAGGAGGAUAUACUCAUCAGGGUGGGAUUGAUUCGGCUAUACAGAUAUUUGAUGAAAUCGCGUCAGGUAUAUACAAGUUGACUCCCAAUUACUUGACAUUUGUGUCCAUACUUUCUGCCUGUAGUAGGGCAGGGGCAGUGGAUAAGGGUAUGGAGCUAUUUGAAUCGAUGAAGAGUAGGUACGGCAUUGAUCCAGGGGCCGAGCAUUAUGCCUGUGUCGUGGACAUGUUAGGCCGUGCGGGGAUGGUAGAAAGUGCUUAUGAGUUUAUACAGAAAAUGCCGUUUCAGCCCACGAUUUCAGUCUGGGGUGCUCUCCUGAAUGCUUGUCGGGUGUAUAGUAAGCCACAGCUGGGAAAAGUAGCGGCUGAGAACUUGUUUAAACUUGAUCCAAAAGAUUCAGGCCACCAUGUACUGCUUUCCAAUUUGUAUGCAGCGACUGGGAGGUGGGCGGAAGCAAAUGCCGUGCGGGAGGAAAUGAAAGGCGUAGGGAUCAAGAAAGGAGCCGGGUAUAGCUGGAUCACGGUGAAGAACCAAGUGCAUGCUUUCCAAGCAAAGGACACAUCCCAUAGAAUGAACCAUGAGAUUCAAGCAAGACUGGCCAAGCUGAGGAUGGAAAUGGAGGCUGAAGGGUACAAACCUGACUCGAAACUCUCCCUCUACGACCUGGAAGAAGAAGAGAAAGCAGCCGAGGUCGCUCACCACAGCGAGAAACUGGCUUUGGCCUUUGGCCUCGUGGCUCUCCCGGCCGGUGUGCCCAUCAGAAUCACCAAGAACCUCAGAAUCUGUGGAGAUUGUCACAGUUUCUUCAAGUUUGCUUCUAAAAGUGUUGGGAGGGAGAUUGUUGUGAGGGACAAUAACCGGUUUCACCGGUUUAGGGAUGGACUUUGUUCUUGCAAAGAUUACUGGUAACCGGUUUAACCGGUUCUGUUAGAUUUGAUCUCAUGAAUACAAAUGAGAAUUUAAUAUUAAUGAAUGUUAAUAUAAUGUUCGAUAAAUA